GGAACGAGGGCUGCUGCUGCUGCCGCCGCUGCCGCCGCCGCCGGCUUUUCCCCGUCCCGGUUUAUAUAGCGCAGAGCGUGGAGCCCGCUCAGUGCGCGCGGGCAAGCCUGCGAGUUGCAAGCUGCGCUUUGCUCCGGACUCCUGGUUCCCGAGUGACAGCCGCGGAGCUGAGAGGGGAGCGAGGGGGUGGGCGACACGAGACCUCUGGGGGGCCUGGCAGGUACUGAGGGUGCUUCAAGCCGUUGGGCUGCUCCUGCCUCCAGGGAAGGACUGGCCACUCUCUCUGGUCCCUCUUCCUUACCCCGCUCUUUAAACUUGGGUUAAGUUGACAACUCCUCCUCCGGCUGGCCUGCGGGUCCCGGCUCUGCACCGCUCUUGCCGGGCCAGGGCGGUGCGGCCGCCGCCGCCGCCGCCGCGGCAGCAGCAGCUACAGCUUCAGCUGGUAGCAUGAGGGCAGCUUAACGUGUGGCUGUCACCGCAGCCGGACCCGGCGCCCAGGCAGCGACCGGAGCCUGGCCGAGCGCUCCCAGGCGGGCAGCUAGACAGCAGGAGGUGGCCCAGGGGUGACUGCACCGCCCUGGGGGGUCAACAGCGCUUAACUGGGCAAGGGGGUGGCACAUCCCAGGACGUGCGGCAGCCUUUGGAGCAGCAGGCGCGCUCCAGUCCCCCCGAAAGUCGGGAAGGCAACUUGGGGGGAGGGGGGAGUUAGGUGUGGGGUCUCUCCUCGGGUCCUUCCUUCCCUCCCCCGGGAGCUCCUCGGGCUCAAAGGAGGGCGGCACUCAGCCACCUCCCGGGGCAAGGAGCCAGGAGGGUCCCGCAGCCGCUCAGCUGCAGGAAAGCAAAAAGGCCGGGAUCGGUCCGUGCGGCUGCUGCUGCUGCUGCUGCUGCUGUCGCGGUCGCUGCGCUGGGCUGGGCGUCGCGAUGAAUAUCGUGGUGGAGUUCUUCGUGGUCACUUUCAAAGUGCUCUGGGCUUUCGUGCUGGCCGCGGCCAAGUGGUUGGUGCGGCCCAAAGAGAAGAGCGUGGCGGGACAGGUGUGCCUGAUCACCGGGGCCGGCAGCGGCCUGGGCCGCCUCUUCGCCCUCGAGUUCGCCCGGCGCCGGGCUUUGCUGGUUCUGUGGGACAUUAACACCCAGAGCAACGAAGAGACGGCGGGCAUGGUGCGCCACAUCUACCAGGACCUGGAAGCAGCUGAUGCCGCUGCCCUGCAAGCUGGAAAUGGUGAGGAAGAAGUUCUACCUCCCUGCAACUUACAGGUUUUUACCUACACCUGUGAUGUGGGAAAAAGAGAGAAUGUCUACCUGACAGCUGAAAGAGUCCGGAAGGAAGUUGGAGAGGUCUCAGUCCUGGUUAAUAAUGCUGGUGUGGUCUCUGGGCAUCAUCUCUUGGAAUGUCCUGAUGAGCUUAUUGAGAGAACCAUGAUGGUCAAUUGCCAUGCGCAUUUCUGGACCACUAAAGCUUUUCUUCCUACAAUGCUGGAGAUUAAUCAUGGUCACAUUGUGACAGUUGCAAGUUCCCUAGGAUUGUUCAGUACUGCUGGAGUCGAGGAUUAUUGUGCCAGCAAAUUUGGAGUUGUGGGUUUUCAUGAAUCCCUGAGCCAUGAGCUAAAGGCUGCUGAAAAGGAUGGAAUUAAGACAACAUUAGUGUGUCCUUACCUUGUAGACACUGGCAUGUUCAGAGGCUGCAGAAUCAGGAAAGAAAUUGAGCCUUUUCUGCCACCUUUAAAGCCAGAUUAUUGUGUGAAGCAGGCCAUGAAGGCCAUCCUCACAGACCAGCCCAUGAUCUGCACCCCUCGCCUCAUGUACAUUGUAACUUUCAUGAAGAGCAUCCUGCCUUUUGAAGCAGUCGUCUGUAUGUAUCGGUUCCUAGGAGCAGACAAGUGUAUGUACCCCUUCAUUGCGCAAAGAAAACAAGCUACAAACAAUAAUGAAGCUAAAAAUGGAAUUUAAGAAUUUUCCGUCCAGAUUGUCAUUUGGAGCUGAAGGCAACCAAAAUGUUUUAAGGUGAUGCAUGUUGGCAUCUACCCUUACAUUUUCUGGAUCCUAAGUCUGUGCGAACUUUUACAAAUCAAACUUUUUUUUAUAUAUAGACUGUAAAUUAACUGACUAGAGAGAGUACUUGGAAAAUGUGAUAGACAAAAAUGAACUUAAGUAGCUGCCAACAAGUGUCCUUUAGUUAGGACAUUAAAUCCAGUCAAAAUUUUUAUAGAAAUGCAUUGUAUGCUAUCUUCAGACUAUCAUUGCUGUUGAAAAUGAAGAAAAAGUCUAGAGAUAGUAUUUCAGUGUAUUUCAGGUGUGCUUUUCUUCAAAAUUUCUCCAGGAUUUAUAAAUUCAUGCAUUUGAGAACUCCCUUCAGCCAACUUUUUGCAACUCAAACGAAUGAUGGCAGUACUAUUCUCCUGACUUGUACUCAUUAGCUCCAGUUUGCAAAGGUGGUGGUUGGGCUGUUUUCAUAUAUGCAGGAAUCUUCAACUGUUUGCAAAAACAAUUUUUAAAUCUCCACCUAUUCUAAGCUAAAAUAAUGUUCUUGAGUAUUAGGGUAGAAAGUUGAACAGGUCUCUUCUUUUAAAAGUUACAAUAAAUUUUCUAAGCCUAAUUCCAAAUUUUAUAUUUGAAAAAACUUUAUUAGGUAUCUAUCCAUCACUCUGAGACCUAGCUGUUUAAGAAAACUUUACAUUUUUCUACCUACGAAUUUUGCUGCAUAAAGUGUCCUUCCCCCAGGAAGUUGCUGUAUUUAUAUUUCUUUACCUGGAUUCAUGCCUAAAGUACAUAGCAGCUCAUCAAAGCAACAGUUUAUAUAAAAUUCCCAUUUUUGUGCCAACUAAGAUUAGUAAGGAAAAAAAAAACCUGACUCUAUGGAGUGUGAAAGGGUGUAAAGAUUCUUUCAGAAGUUUUAUUCAAAUUGUAGAACAGCAGAUGACAUUUUUACAGUAUUUUUUUGUAAAGCAAACUAUUUUGUGCCUUGAAUUUGGUAUCUGUGUAUUAGUGAAACAUUGUAAAAGUGAACUUCUACCUCUGUAUCUAAAUGUGUACCAUUCACUUGUAAAUUACUAUAAACUAUUCUGUGAUUACUUUUUUUAGAAUGUCUCGUUUAAAUAGUGACCAAUGUCUAUGGCUAUUAAAGAGAGCCAUCUUUUACUAAAUGAUUGGGAAGUUUUGUAAAAGACUGAUUAAAUUGAAAGAACUAACUUCCAGAUAACUGAUUGUAUGAUUGUCAGUGAUUGGCCGUGCUGUUGAGAAACACUGUCUCUUUUGCACAUCUAGUUCUACUUUGACUUUUUUUUUUCUUUUUUUAGUAUUUGGCUGAGAUGAUUUUGUUAAAUACAUUUGUUAUUAUCUUGAAUGUUAUUCUCUGCUUAGCUUAUUUUAAAUAUUUCAUACUGAAUUUAGAAAAACAAGAGUUAGGAAAAAAAAAGUAAAUCUCUACCAGCUACAGAUCAGCUCAAUGGAACAUAUGCCAGUAAAACAUCUUCAGCAAGGGCUGUGGCAAAGCCUGCCCCGGUACCAGAUCAGAGGGGCUCUAUUAGAUAACCUCUCCAUACCUAUCUUUAAGAUCUAUAUUAGCCAUAGAUGUGUAUCUGUAAGAGACAUAUCUUAUAUAUUUAUUCUUCAUUUAAAUGAUUGUCCAUAAGCUGUGUCAUCAAAGGUAUUUGUAUCUUCUCUAGAACUUUAAAUCACAGAUUUAAACAAGCAAUGGAAAAGUGGAAUCAGAGGGUUGAGUGGUAUACCUUAACAGGUCAUUUAUUAUCAUUCGAAAGUCAUCCAAAACAGUUUAAAAUCUGCGUUGGGUUUUUUUUGUAAUCCUCCAAAGAAAAACACUCUCCAGCCCACCCCAAGAUGUAACAAGUUUCAAAGUAAGGAAGUUCUUUAUAUUCAAUGCAAUUCUUUCCCCAUAAUAUAAGCGUCUUUCUGCAGCUUUCCUUUAUUUUUUUACUUAUCACCAUCCUCGUUAGUCAAGGUUAUCCCUCAGCUUUAUCUUCUCUAAGCUUGAAUAAUCACAAUUCUUUUAACCUUUCUUUCUAGGUUUUGUUUUCUUAUGUCACACCAUUUAAUCACUUUUCUGGUUCAACCUAUUUCUCCCCCAACCCACCCCAAAGUUCUCUACAUCCUUUUAGUUGCUUCUAGCUGUUAAGAGGCAGCUAGGUGGCACAAGUUAUAGAGCAAAGCUUCUUAAACUGUGGGUUGAGACCCCAGAUGGGGUUGCAUAUAUGAAUAUGGGGGUCACAAAACAUUUGGCAACAGUAAAAGGUUAUGUAUAACUAUUUUACAUACCUGUAUACCCAAGGUGACAAAAAUUUCUUGGGCAAAAAGAAGUCACAAGUGGAAAAAGUUUAAGAAGCCCUGGUAUAG